AUGACUCGGAUUGCAGACAAAUGGGAAAAUCUAUCGGUUGCAGAUCGAAUCCUGACUGAAGAAGGUAUGUGUCUAACAAAUGAUGAGCUAGAAGAAUUAAACAACAGCAUCACAAAUCAUGAUGGUAAUACAAAAUCAAAACUUUUAGAACUUGGUGAGCCACUAGAUCUGCACUUACCAUUUUUAUUGCCUGAAGACUGUUAUCCAUCUGAUAAUCCAAUACCCACUGUGGGACAAAAAGACGAAACUACUGUCAGUUAUGACGAUAGUGGUAUAUGCAGUCGAAGUAGUUCAACAAAAGACAAGAAUCAUUCUUCAGCUGAAAAUGUUAGUACAGCUGUAAUUACCGUUGAAUCAAUCAAGUAUUUCCUUAAUCCUGCUAUCCAAAUCGGUUGGUGUCGUUUAUCAGUGAAACCCAACGUUGUUCGUGUCGAUAAUACAUCACUAUCAGUAGACGAGUCUGUCUCAGAUAAGAGAAUGAGUGUUUCUCAGAACUCAUCACAGUUUCUACGAUGGAAUGUUUAUUUGGUGGAUCCAAAGUUAUCUGUCGAUUACGAAAGUAUAAAAGACGAUACCGUCAAAUCAGAUGAACGUGUAACCAUUUCAGUGAACUGUAGUACUGAUGGCGUGCAAUGUAAAAAUGAAACGCAGACUGAUAAGGUUGUGCCGAAUCCGAUCAAUCAUGAUAAUACUACUACUAAUAAUAAUAUUGAGUCUGUCCAAAAUCAGUCGUCACCUAUGCCGAUUCCAACAUGUGAUUCUCUACUAGAUCAGUCAUGCAGUGGACACUGUACUUACUCAGUUGUUGUACCUAAAAUUGGACAAAGUUUAGGUCUCAGUAUUGUAGCUGCUAGAUCAGAGUAUGGUCAAGAUCUUGGAAUUUAUGUGCGGGGUAUUAAUCCGGAAGGUGGAGCAAGUCAUGCAAAAUUACUUCAAAAGGAUGGAAGGAUUGAUUUGUUCAAAUCCAAUGGGUUUUUAUUGACUCCACCAUAUCUACAAAUUGGUGAUAGACUAAUAUCUGUAAACGGUCAACUAAUUACAGGACUAUCUCAAGAUGCUGCUGUACAGUUGGUUUCAUCUGCCACAUGUGAAGUGGUGUUGACUGUCAUACGAUAUGCUAGAUGUGAUGGUGAUGUUGAUAACAAUAGUAGAGGGGCACUGCUGCAAUCGCCGUCACUAAGGACAAAUGAUUUAAAGCAUAAAGAAUCUAAUCUUCAGUGUAUUGAUUGUCUCUUACAUGAAUCUCUAUUGAUGAACUAUAAAGCUUUUAUGGAUGAUGAUAAGCAGUUUAAUAUAUGUGUGAAUCAGGACUCAGCACAAAAAUCAUUCGACCAUUCAGGAAACAUGAAUUCGAACCAUGUGGAUGUUAAACCCACCAUUACAAAUAAUAACACUUCUUUAAUAUCUUCAAGCUCUACAACCUUGAAACAGUUUUCUUUAUCAUCGAAUAAGCAGUCAUAUGAUGUUCAUUCUGAUAUGAAAUCGAGUUUAGAUGCAAAUUAUUCGAUGGAUGACAGGAUUAAAUGGAAAUAUCAAAGUAACACUAACCUUCCGAUUAAGUCUACUUUGUUUUGCAAGGAUCCUUCAACUUCGACGAAUGAACAACAAUUCCGACUGUAUAUAGAUGCGUCAUGCUGCAACAGUAAUACCAACAUAUACGAUGAACCUUCCAUAUCAGACUAUAGUUUAUGCGCUGAAAGCUUACUGUCAAAUUCAAAACUGAGAAAUUCUAGAGUGAGGACAUUAUCUCCUAAUAUUGUCGGUAAUCAAGGCCACUUUGAGCAAAACACUUUCCCCGCCAGGCCGUGUCAUCGACCUAAAGGUCAAUCAGCCAGCUUCGAUGAUCGUCUGACUACACCUCAGCGUAGUCGACCACCCGAGCCUAUGCCCUCCACGUUAUCUAAUGAUAAUAAAUCAGCUAAUCAUAGAGAUAUACUCUCCCCACGAUUGCUAAUUAAUUCCAGUUCCACAUUCUCUCCACGCUCGAUUACUUUAUCUGUUUCACCAAAUCAAUCAUUUUCGAGUACUAUGGAUCCCAUCUCUCCAGGUGAAUUUAUUCAUCCUCUACACAUGUCUUCUACGCAUAAAUCAGAAUUGAGCUGUUCAGAAAGUUGUAAUAUUUGUUCAGAACUGGAUGCCCGAAUGAAGCAAUCCCGUUCUAAUUCUAUAUCUUCGAUCAAUCCUUAUCACAAACAUCAUUGCACUUCGUCAACCACUACUACUCCGAAUCAAACUUCACUAGCAUCACAUUCAACAGUCAGUGGUGGUAGCAGACCUCCGAAAACGUUUGUGCCGACAGCCUAUGUAUUACCUGUAACUAGUCGGAGUCCAUUGUAUGGGGCUCCAACAACUGUCAAAGCCAGAAAUUCCAAAGGCUGUUUAGAUUCACAAAGUACAAAUUCCCGAGCUUCUCGGUCUAUGAAUGAUUUAGUCACUAAGUCGUCUUUUACGGACACUCAUCAGUCUACGACAAACGAUGUGGUGUCAAAUACCAUGAACAGGCAUACAGGAUGUUCUAUUCGACGAAGGUAUACAACAUUCACUACCAGCCGUUUCAAUAUUGGUCCAAGACCUGAACCUUUGAACAGAUCCCUUGUAAAACAGACUCAAUUCACUUGA